UAGUAUGCCAUGUGUAUGUAUUGUACAAUACCUAGUACUAGGUACUAUGCAUGUAACAUCAGUGAUUGGAGCGACUAGGGCAGCUCCAGCUGUAACUAGCGUAUGGCUUGAUAUGAGACGCACUGGGGCAGCUUUUCUCCAGCAAUCUCGAAUUAAACUGAAAGCAGACAAGGAUCUUAUCUGGGUCUUAUCCGGGUCUUAUCCGCGAAAAAAGUUCGAUAGGUCUUACUGUAUGUAGGUGCAGGUACAUCACCUACCUACCAAUUCAUUAUUUGAUCGUGCGAUCACGAACAAUUCCCAAGUCCAUAUUCAUAAACCCCCCGCCUAGGAGAGCCACUACAAAACGCUCAUCCUAACCAUGGCGGUCUCAAGUAGAGGUGGAAAUGCUGUCACUAAAUUAUUACAAAGAGGACCACCCAGCAUAUGCGCCAGCUGCAGAAAUGGUCAAUUCAGACCGUACUCCGCCAAUGCUGAGGCCGCCACCAUGGCCGAGGCUCACCACCUAAAACCCACCGAAUCACAGCCUCACCCACCCAUGACCGCAUCCCGGCGACCAGAAUACCGCAUAAAAUCCGGCAUCAUCCUGACCCGCGCGCCUCUGCUCACCCGCGCCCUCACUCCCUUCGAGAACGCAUUCUACUUCUACCAGAAGCGCCUGAACGAGCGAUUGGUGCUGCCCUUCCGCCACACCCUCUUCUUCAAGCAGGACACGGCGUCCGACCUGGACUGGCGCAUCAAAUUCGAGGAGCGGGGCCGGAUAGCGGCCAAGGAGCUGGGCCGAUACUACGCGCAGGGACGUAACGCCUGGAACGACGAGCUGCUGGUCGGAAGUUCCUUGAGCAGCGAGGAGAGGAUACGGGAAAUCCUGCUCAAGGAUGCCGAGAACCGGGUGACGGAGGACGGCGAGGAGGCCAAGCCGGACGAAAUCGUGCCCGUGGAGCGGCCGAUGGAGCGGAUCACCGAGGCGGACAAGACGAAUGAUAUAAGAAGGUUAGAUCGCAAGCUCGAUCGGACCUUAUAUCUGCUUGUCCGUGGCAGCGACGGGAAAUGGCAGUUCCCGAGCGGAGAUGUGCCGACGGAUGAGUACUUACACGAGACCGCCGCCAGAGUACUAGAGGCCGCAGCAGGCGUCAACAUGAACACUUGGCUGGUAGGCCGUGUGCCCGUAGCCCAUAUCGUGACACAGCCCGAGUUCAACGAGGACUCGUCCAUCAAGCAGCGGGGCGAGAAGGUGUUCUUCCUCAAGGGGAGAAUCAUGGCCGGACAGGCCAACCUAAAAGGCAACAAGCUGGGGCUCGAGGACUUCAACUGGCUCACAAAGGAGGAGUUGAAGAAGAGGUUGCCGUAUGAGUAUUUCCACCCGUUGAGAAACAUGAUGGCGGAUCGAUAGAACUGGUAGACAUCAAUCAUGGGCCACUAGCCUCCUGUAUUUACAAACACAAAAACUGCAAAAGGCAAUGUAACUGACUAUAUUGAACCUUGUUUUUAUAGACGAGAAGUUCUGUUGAUCAGUCCCAUUUCUGUACUUCAGUGAAUUGUUCAUCCUCGUUGGUAAAGGUAUUUACGGAUUGAUAGAGAAAUCCCUAAAGCCUAACUAAAGCUUAGAC